GCACUGUUUUCAAUACAAAGAUAUUCCAAACAAAGAAAUUUUAAUUCGAACGCAUAGUUUUCUAUUCACUGAUCACAAUUCUAACAAAAAUAUUGGAACUCUUUUAAUUUGCCCUUGGAUACAUGAUCAGCUGAGGCAAUACGUAAACAAAGCCAGGCAUUUAAUUUUACUUCGGGAAGUGUGGUGAAAAAGUGUCAAUAUCUUCAGUUCAUCUCUGUUUAAAAUCUCAUUAUGAAGUGGGAGUAUAAAGAAGAACAUCCCUUCGAGAAGAGGAGAGCAGAAGGCGAGAAGAUUAGGAAGAAAUACCCCGACAGGGUCCCUGUUAUCGUUGAGAAGGCCCCCAAAGCACGAGUUGGUGAUCUUGACAAAAAGAAAUACCUUGUACCAUCGGAUCUAACUGUUGGACAGUUCUACUUCUUAAUACGCAAAAGGAUCCACUUGCGACCAGAAGAUGCUCUGUUUUUCUUCGUGAAUAAUGUGAUUCCACCAACUAGUGCGACGAUGGGGAGCUUGUAUCAGGAACACCAUGAAGAAGACUUCUUCCUCUACAUUGCCUACAGUGAUGAAAGUGUUUACGGAGCAUAAACGACAACACUUACGGUUCUUUUGAAUUGUGGAAUGUGACUUUUUUUCUUAACAACCAGUUCUAACUGGACUAUAGUGUGUACAGCCAUGUCAUUGAACAUGGCCAUAUCAGUAUCAUCAGAACCCUUUUUUCGGGGAUGGACCUAUUAGAUCUUCAGUCUGUUAAUGAAUUCAUCAUCUGUGCAUUAUUUUGGUGGCCAUGAAAAUGUAUGGUUUGUUCUUUGAUUUUGAUUUAAAUAAGAUGACGUAAUUUCUGAGACAUUUUGUUGUUCUGGUCCAUUAAGUUUUUUGCAAAACGUUUUGGAUACUCAAUAAAUUUAAGGGUUGAAAAAAGUGUAGCCUUUGUCUCGUUCAAAGGAAUUUGGAUCUGAGUACACACGAAUUGUAUCAUAUCGAUUAUGUUUUAAUUUGAGUUCUGCAAAAAAGAAUAUUGAGAUUUUCCUUUUCAAAGUACUUCUUUAUGUAAACAAUUGGGCACUGAAGAUCAUGGAACUAUUUUAUGCCAUACGUAUCUCCUUCUAUUCUCUAAAAUUCUAAAAUACCUGGAUUUAGACAAACCGCACUUGAUAGUGGAAAUGCACUAUGCGCAAGCGAUGCCUUGUUUUGAAUUCAGCGGUAAUGGUUAGGCAACCGUAACCGCUUGGGUUGGUGCAAAAUGUGGAAGCUGUCGAAAAGCAAUUAAAACCACAUAUUUCGGUGUUUAAUUUAAGAUAUUUUAGAAUAAAAGUUGAUACCUCACUGUCGGUAUUGAUUGUCUCACCGAAAUUACUCUGGUGGAGCUGAAAUGUUGGCCAAAACUUCGGCUCUGCCUCGCUUUGGUCUACAUUUUCGCUCCACCCUAGUGGUUUUUGCGAGACACCCAAUACCAGUUCGGUAUCAAUUCCUUAAUCAUAGGUAAGAAACUUCUGUUCCUUCAUCAUGGUAAAAGGUAUGGUUAACAAUCUCAAUAUCAUUCCCUGACAGGACAUUUAGAAUCGGGUUUGGGUAAAAUUUCCCUGUAUAUUAAAAACAAAAAUUUUUGUUGUGUAUUCUUUGGUAAUUGUAUGUAGCAAUGGUAGAUAUUAGGGCCUGCCUGAGUGAUUUGAUGGAUUGGCACUAUAAUCAUUUUACGCGCUUCACUUUGUAAAUAUCAUUUCAGUACAAUCAGUCAUAAUUGUAAUUGUAUUAUUCAAUGGAGACUAUAGUCAGCAGUGAGGUUAACAAUAUAAUUAGUUGUAUACCGGUAUUCAGAUUUUGGUUACAUAAUGAUUAGAUAUGGUUAUAUGUUGAUUAUAUAACCAAAAUUUGAACACAGAUGAAGUUACAUGGUCUGAAGCCGUGGAGUUUUCUUAGAAAGAUUUUCCAGAAGCAAAUUGAGGUUCCUUCCCUGCGCUUUAACUUUGCCAUCAUUGCUCGGCCCUUACAUGUCAACAGUGAGGCCGACUUGUAAAAGUAAUCUUUUGACUCACAUUCAGAGUAGCCAGUCGAGGGGGUUGACCACUGCAACUGGUUUCACGGUGGCAGUAAGCCCAGGUUUGGCUGAACAUUUUCUGGAAUGAGGUUUGCAUGAUGAAGCAAACCAAAUCGACUACCGGUAGCAUGUCUGAUGCGUGAAAGGACACUUCCAAGAAACUUCUGACCAAAAUCUGUUUUUGUGACAGUCUUGACUGAGUUGCAUUCUGCUGUCUGCCUUCUUUUAAAUGCGGAUUACCUGGAUCUUCACCCAUUAUUUCUGGUGAAAAUUCUUAGUACGUAGAGAGUUUUUGUGUUCGUCGUAAAUGAGGUUUAAAAUUUUAAAAAGAACUGAACGGAAUUAAUUGACAGCAGCUACGUAGUACUUUUGACCCUCAACUGUUUCAUUUGUACAUAAAUGUUUAUUAAUAUAUUGCAUGAAAACUGCCCUCUGCAGAACUGUUUUGACGGAUAUUUAAUGUUUCUGAUGGUUGGUUGGAGAAUGUAAACUGUCCUAGCUACUUCAGUGAAUCUGGAGCCUUAUGGGGGCGCCUACAUGUAACCAUGGCAACAGAACUUAUCCAAUGGGUUGUGGAUUGUUAGUGACCGCUGGGCUCGAAACGUUUUGGCGGGUACUGUACACCUCUUCUCGGCCAGAUUGAGAAACUGGAGGCCUGUGGGCAAAACUUGUAGCCAUUGAUGACAGAAACAUGUACAUUUUGAGCACUGUCCCUAGAGAAGCGAUACCUCCAUUGGUGUUUGUGUUAGCUGUGCCACAGUCAACCAGUCCUUCUAAAUUCAUUUACUGUGAUGUAGAGCCUGCUCCUCCAGCGUUACAACCUGAGCAAAUCUGACAGUGACAGGGAGAUAUGCCUAAAGCCAAACGCCUAAAAAGACACCUUAUAAUUGAACGGGGAGAUCUGUAGCUCUUUUGAGUGAGUGGGCACAGUACAUGUGGUUUCCCUUCAUCAAACGUGUCCAAAAGGGUGUAUCCCCAGGAGGAACCGUCCGAACGGUAUGUUCAUCUCACCUGACCCAAGUAAGUGGUUAGUUGCUAAUUAGUACGAUUAUGUUCCGAUACAGUGUUUUGGUCAAACAAAUGGAGGCUUAUUGUUGUAUAUGUAAUAUGUACAGUCUAUCUGUUUAUUCAGCAUAUGGGUAUUCAAAUAAAGUGUUAAAACUA